AUGGAUCCCAACAAGAACUACCGCGGAGUUCACUUCAAGCCAUCAACCGAACAACUCAACCAACAACACCAACAACAACAACAACAACAGCGACAACAAUCAGACCCAACCCAAUUCGUACAAACAUGGCAACAACGACACUCGAUCCUCAACAAACUCACAACAACCAUACUAUCAACAGACCAGGAACUACUCGAGCAAUACCAGCAUCUCAAACCUAGCACGACACCUAACUGCGAACUAAGCCAUCAAUUCGGAUUCCUGCUCGAACGCGCCCAACAACAGCAACAGCAACCAACAACAGCAACAACACCAACACCGUCGGAACAGAAACUGCUCCAACGAUGUCUCAGAACUCAGAUCGAGCCGUCCAAGGACUUCAUCCUCAUCCGCAAGAUCUCCGAUGGACAAUCCGGCUCGGUCCAUUUGAUUAGAACUCGAUUGUCUAGCCUCGAAAGUCUCAACCAAUCGAACUUCUACAUCCUCAAAAAAGUCUCCAAACGGGUCUCACGAAGGAUCCAACAAUAUAGCUCGAUCGAGACGGAGUUAUCGAUCCUACUUCUUUCGCGUGGCUCGACGAGCUCGGGAGUGAAGCGACAGCCGAAGCUACACCUCUCAUUCCAGACGGAGACGGAUCUGCACUUGGUGCUAGAAUACAGCAUGAGCGGCUCGAUCGCGGACCAUUUGGGCCAAGAGGGGGGCGGCAUGGCGGAGAGAAGGGUGUCGGAGGCCCAGUUGCGGGGAUGGACGGUCGACGUGCUGGCGGGACUCGAUUGGCUCCACCAUCGCCAUCGCUUCUGCCAUCGCGAUGUCAAGCCCGCUAAUCUCCUCAUCAACCAUCCCGACGGCCAUAUCCUUCUCACCGACUUCGCUACCGCCGCACCACUCGUCCUCCUUAAUCACUCUAACCAUGCUCAUACCCGUUCUUCGGAUACACUUGUCGUCCCCAGAAAUCAUCGGGUCGUCAUCGUCGGCACUUGUGAUUACAUCGCUCCCGAAGUUCUAGAAACUCAUCUGACCCAAACCAUCGCGACCCUGUCGCACUCGACAGUCUCCGGCCGCCCGACAGCUAGUACGCCGACUGGCAGGACAACAACGAUCACGGGGGGCCGUCAUGAUCAGCCUGGGCCUCCUGCUUCACCGAAUGAACACGACGAGCCGGCAUCGAACGGGGGCGCUUAUGGCCCGGAAAUCGAUCUUUGGAGCUUUGGCGUCUCGCUCUUCGAGAUGGUUUAUGGCCGAUUACCUUUCUUUUGUCCGUCCAUCAACGACACUUAUUCUAAAAUAGUGGACCAUAAAGUUCAUCUUAUCUCAAGAUUCCAGAGGUCAGGGGUCGGAAUAACGGGACUGAUUAUGGCCAAAGAUACUACCCUGAUGAUGAUGGUAGUGAUGAUGAUGAACAGGAGGAGGAUCAAGAAGAACCGGUUUCAGGAGCAUUACAAAGCUUUCUGA